UUUUCCUCCCUCCCCAGGAGAUCUGUGCUCAGCCUGGCCCCAGCCCACUCCGCUAAUCCCACCAGAGCAGAGGACGGGGAUCUGCUGCACUCACACUCACACCUGUGUGCCAACUGAGAGCAGAGUGGACACCUGAGUGGACCAGCAGCAGACCGUGCACCAUGGACUUCCUGCUCCAGGUGCUGUUCUCUCCCCUCCCGACCACGGCCAUCAUCUCGCUGUUCGCCCUCGCCGCCGCCGCCCUCGUCUACCUGAACACACGACCCAGCCCGCUGCGCAGCGGCGUCGACCUCAAGAAGCAGUCUCUGGGCAUCAAGGAUGGAGCGAGGAAGACCGCGCUGCUCGCCGACAACAACAACCUGACGUCGUAUUACCACAAAGACGCCAAGACGCUCUACGAAGUCUUUCAGAGGGGCCUGAAGGUUUCAGGAAACGGGCCGUGUUUGGGCUUCAGGAAACCAGGGAAGCCGUACCAGUGGCUGAAGUACAGACAGGUGUCUGACCGAGCGGAGCAGCUAGGCUCAGGGCUGCUCUUCAAAGGCCUCAAGCCGAACUCGGACACUUUUAUUGGCAUCUUUGCUCAGAACAGACCCGAGUGGAUUAUUGGCGAGCUGGCCUGCUACACCUACUCCAUGGUGGCGGUCCCCCUGUACGACACCCUGGGCCCCGAAGCUCUGGUGUUCAUUAUCGACAGAGCUGAGAUCUCCACAGUAAUCUGUGACAACCAAAAGAAAGCAGAAACUCUGCUGCAGAACCUGGAGAAGGGCCAGACUCCAGUCCUGAAAACCAUCGUGAUCAUGGACCCGUUCAGCCCUGAGCUGGUGGAGCGAGGAGCCCAGUGUGGCGUGGAGGUGGUGCUGCUGCAGGACCUGGAGGCUCUGGGCAAGAGUAAUCUUCAAAAGCCAAUUCCUCCGAAGCCAGACGACCUCAGCAUUGUUUGCUUCACCAGUGGCACCACAGGAAACCCGAAGGGAGCGAUGCUGACUCAUGAGAACGUGGUCUCUGACGCUGCAGGAGUCAUCAAAUGCUUUGAGUCUGCUGUGGUCCCGUCCACUGAGGACAUCUCCAUCUCCUUCCUGCCGUUAGCUCACAUGUUCGAGAGAGUCGUGCAGACGGUGAUGUACGGAGCCGGAGCGAAGGUUGGAUUCUUCCAGGGAGACAUCAGACUUCUGCCUGACGACAUGAAAACUCUGAAGCCGACCAUCUUCCCCGUCGUGCCUCGACUCCUGAACCGCGUCUACGACAAAGUUCAGAGCGGAGCCGCGUCCCCCUUUAAGAAACGGCUGCUGAACUUCGCUCUGGAUCGGAAGUUUGCUGAAGUGAAGCAGGGAAUCAUCAGGAACAACAGCAUCUGGGACAAACUCAUCUUCCACAAAGUCCAGGAGUCUCUGGGGGGACGGGUCCGGGUCAUGGUGACGGGGGCGGCGCCCAUCUCUCCGUCUGUGCUCAACUUCCUCAGAGCCUCGCUGGGCUGCCAGAUCUUUGAGGCGUACGGUCAGACAGAGUGCACCGCCGGCUGUACCUUCACUGCGCCGGGAGACGCCACCUCAGGUCACGUCGGGGCGCCGCUGCCUUGUAACUUUGUGAAGCUGGUGGAUGUUGAAGAAAUGAACUAUUUCGCUUCAAAUGGAGAAGGAGAGGUUUGUAUUAAAGGCAGAAAUGUAUUCAAGGGGUACCUGAAGGACCCGGAGAAGACUGCCGAGGCGUUGGAUGAAGACGGAUGGCUCCACACCGGAGACAUCGGAAAAUGGCUUCCGAGUGGCGUUCUGAAGAUCAUCGACCGGAAGAAGAACAUCUUUAAGCUAGCUCAGGGCGAGUACAUCGCGCCGGAGAAGAUCGAGAACGUGUACGUGCGCAGCGGGCCGGUGGCUCAGGUGUUCGUGCACGGAGACAGUCUGCAGUCCUGCCUGAUCGCCGUCGUGGUGCCCGAUCCAGACGUCCUGCCGGGUUUUGCGAAGGAUCUCGGCUGUCACGGCUCUGUGGAAGAACUCUGCAAAAACACAGCCAUUAAGAAAGCCAUUCUCUCAGAAAUGACCAAACUGGGCCGAGAAGCAGGACUCAAGUCGUUCGAGCAGGUGAAGGACUUGUACGUGCACCCGGAGCAGUUCACCAUCGAGAACGGCCUGCUGACUCCGACUCUGAAGGCCAAGAGAGCCGAGCUCAAAGCUCUCUUCCAGCCACAGAUCGAGAAACUGUACGCCGACCUACAAUAAAUUAAAUCAAACUACA